UGCUUCAUAUCCAUAGUUCCUAUUGACGGUUCUUGUUGUCAUGAUUUUGUCUGUUUUGUUUUUGUUUUCCAUGAUAAAUGACCUACUCUUGCAUCCGCCUCCACUGCCAAAUCCUGACACUGUCAUGUGGGUGUUGACUGAAAUGUUCACUAACUGGUACUAAGUACAAGAACAACGUUGAGAACGGGGCAUAGCGACCUCAACAGCACACUUCACACAACAGGAAAACAUCCAACGGGACUCUGUGAUCAAUGCCAUGAGGAUGAGACUGUCGAACAUAUUUUUAUGUCAUGUGGAAAAUUCACUCAUGGAAGGCAGGAAGUGAUGACUCAGUUACGGGAAAUAGGAAGGGUAGAGGGCAAUAUUAAAGGUAUAUUAGAAUGUGCAGAUAGCAAGCAAUGGAGGACAUGUUUGUUUAAUUUCUUAAGAAAGACUGGACUGGAAAGACGACUCUAAAAUAAAAGGACUAUAAUACGGGACAGAAGGUGGCAGUAAUGCAACAAUUUGGAUGCCAGCUGCCGUAAAACCCCAAAGAAGAAGAAGUAGAAUUCAUAACCCCUCUGCAUUUGAGCUCCUCCUCCUCCUUCUCCUCCUCCUCUCUCUCUUUCUCAAUCUCUCUCGCUCUCAAUCUCUCUCUCUCUCUCGCUCUCAAUCUCUCUCUCUCUCUAUCUCUCUCCCUCUCACACACGCGCACAGACACGCAGAACCAGGAAGUAACUCCUCAUUUCAGAAAAAACAAAACGGAUCUCUCUCGUUCACAGUGUGUGGGUGCAGGAAAAUGGCCGAGGCCAGUAUUUCAGCAGAUCAGGACCAGUUCAGCUGUCCAGUGUGUCUGGAUCUCCUGAAGGAUCCGGUGACGAUCCCCUGUGGUCACAGUUUCUGUAAGGUGUGUAUUAAUAUCUCCUGGGAUCAGGAGGAUCAGAAGGGCGUCUACAGCUGUCCUCAGUGCAGAGACACUUUCACUCCGAGGCCUGUUCUACGCAGAAACAACAUGCUGGCUGAAGUGGUGGAGAAACUGAAGAAGACUGAAGUCCAAGCUGCUUCUCCUGCUCACUGUUACGCUGGACCUGGAGAUGUGGAGUGUGAUUUCUGCACCCAGAUGAAACAUAAAGCCGUCAAGUCCUGUCUGAUGUGUCUGGCUUCUUACUGUGAAAUUCAUCUGAAACCUCAUCUAGAAAUUCCUGCUUUGAAAAAACACACAUUAAUCAAAGCUUCUGCAAAGCUACAAGAGAAGAUCUGCUCUGAACAUAAUAAGCCAAUCGAGAUCUACUGUCGUAGCGAUCAGACCUACAUCUGUUACUUGUGUACGAUGGAUAAUCACAAAGGACACGACACCGUCACAGUCACAGCAGAAAGAGCCGAGAAACAGAGUGAGUUAAAGAAGGAGCGGAGGAAAUCCCAGCAGAGAAUCCAGGAGAAGCAGAAGAAGGUGCAGGAGCUGAAACAGACUGUGAACACUAUAAAGCUCAGUGCACAGACAGCAGUGGAGGACAGUGAGAGGAUCUUUACUGAGAUGAUCAGCUCCAUGGAGAAAAGGUGCUCGGAGGUGACGGAGCUGAUCAGAGCUCAGGAGAAGGCUGAACUGAGUCGAGCUGAACGACUCCUGGAGCAACUGGAGCAGGAGAUCGCUGAUCUUCAGAGGAGAGUCACUGAGCUGGAGCAGUUUUCACACACACACGAUCACAUCCAUUUCCUCCAGGCUUUAGCUUCUCGACAUCGGUCUCCUCCAUUAGACAGAGCAGAGUUUCAGACAUCCAGCAUCACUGACCGUCAACAUCUCUCAUUUGAUGGAGUGAGGAAUUCUCUCUCGGACCUGAAGGAGAGACUCGAGGAAUUCUGUGAGGAGGAAUUCAGCAAAAUCCUUCCACAUGCUGCAGCAGUUCAGAUCAUUUCACCAUCAGAGCCACAGACCAGAGAAGAUUUCCUGAAAUAUUUCUGUUAUCAGACUCUGGAUCCCAACACGGCACAUCGUUACCUCCUUCUGUCUGAGAAGAACAGAGCAGUGAGGUACAGUGAGAGACAGCAGCAGUACUCUGAUCAUCCAGAGAGAUUUGACUCUAUCUGGCAGGUGUUGAGUAAGGAGAGUGUGUGUGGACGCUGUUACUGGGAGGUGGAGUGGAGCGGUGAUGGUGUGUCCAUAUCAGUCUCAUAUAAAGACCUCAACAGGAAAGGACUGGGUAAUGAAUGUGAGUUUGGAGGCAACAAUCAGUCCUGGAGUCUGUGGUGUUCUUCUUCUUCUCUCAUCUUCUAUCACAACAACAUUGAGACUUAUCUCACGGUUCCAUCGUCCUCCAGAAUAGGAGUGUAUGUGGAUCACAGUGCAGGAACUCUGUCCUUCUACAGCGUCUCUGACACGAUGAAGUUCCUCCACAGAGUCCACACCACAUUCACUCAGCCUCUAUACGCCGGGAUUGGGUUCCACUGGUUGUUUGGUUCUACAUCUGUGAGAUUGUGUGAUCCAGAAUGAAGUGUGUAGUGUUUUAUGUAAAAUUCCUGUACAUUUAUUAAUUAAAACAGAGGAGUAAUUUUACAAUAAUAAAAAAGGAAAUGUUCAAAAUGAACUCUCGGAUAAGAAACUAGUAGAAUUGAAAAAGAAAAUGAUCAGAUGAUAUCUCAUGACCUUAGCGUUAUAAAGUUCUAUCUGUUUGUUUCAUAUUCAGCAACCUCUCAUUAAAUAACUAAUAAACAGUAAUAAAGCCAGUACAGAGCAACAUUUUAAACCUGUUAACGUCACACUAUAUAAAAAUAAAAUCUAAACUUUUGAAGGAAUUAGAUUGUUCUGCUUGUGUUCUAAGAUGUAAAAUACACGUUCACGUUUUAAAAUCUGAAGUUUUGUCAAGUUUAUCUGUGAGUUUUGAAUUCUUUAUUAAAAUAUUACAAUCAAAGCUUUGCAGAGUAAAAGAUAACAGCACAGGAGAAUAAAGUUUCCCCCAGUGAUGAAGUUUAUGUGGUUCACUCAUCUUCAACCAAAAUGCAAAAACAGGAGCUUUUAAUACUGAGGUCAGGAUUUAUCAGCAAGCCGCUGUAUUGAUACAUAAGGGUUUUAAAAAAAAAUCAAAAUCACUUUGACUGUAUAUUUUUAGAUUCUUUAAUCAGUGGGAAAUAACUACAGUGUCUUAAAUAUGAUGUGUUUUUUUUUCCAAAAAAAAAAAUCUUUUAAUGUUCUAAUAUAUUGUCUAUGUGGAUAAUGAUGAUAAAUAUGUCUCUGUUAACUGUACCUGUCUGUGGUCUGACUCCUGAUUUAGAUUCUCAAUAAAAUAAAGCGCUCAAAUCCAUUACAGUUCU